AUGGUUUCUGCGGCCAUUGUUGGACCUGGAUUGGCUAGUUGUUGCACGGUUCUAUCGGUCAUCGGGGUCGUCUUCCUAGUCUCGCUCGGCGUCGGAUUCGAGAACAAUGCACACGUCUUGAUGGGAUCGACCGAGUCUCCGGAGAACGGCAAGAAAGUCGCCCGCGUUUGCUUCGCUUCGGCCAUCGUAUACGCUUGUUUUGUUGGCUUUUGCUCUUGUCAACUGAGCGCCAAUCGACGGGUGGUACGAGGAGGAGAAGUGCACCUUCGGUGA